UGUAUGUAUCGGUCUGAACCCAUAUACGGAUACGUCAGCUGCGUAAAUGUAUAACGCAAUAUUGGUCGAUUGGAAUAAUGAAAUACAACAUAAGAGGGUCACCCCGUGUGGGAGCCGGAUUUUGUGGGGUUUUUUCGCGAUUUUUUUGCGGUACCUUUGGGCGACCCGACAGAGGUGGAGCAGAACUCCUGGUGACGGAGGACCAGUGACGGAGAGAAUCUCUAUAAAAUAUCUGGGUACUCCUAUAGAUGGCAGCAGUUGUGCUGCUGGGGCUGCGGCACACAAGUGUGCCGUUACAAUACCUAUCUUGCAGCCUUUCCAUUCCCUGCCACUCCUCCCAUCCCCAUAUUUCCACCCCGUAUGCCAUCACCGUCCACACCAGCGAGUCGUAAAGCCACAUCCUCCUCUCCCAGUUCUUUCCGAAUUUUCUUUUCCCGAUCCCCCACACCUGUCCCAUUACUAUCGCCGCUUUCCUAACUCUAUCUUUUAUAUGCCUUUCUAACCCCCCGUUACUCUUAAACCAAAAGCCUAAAUAUUGCACUUCCCUCACUUCCUCUAUUCUUCUAUCCUUCCAUUUCCAUUCUAUCUUUUUCCUUCUCCCCCCUCCCUUCCUAAAAACCAUCACCUUCGUCUUCUCCGUGUUCAGCUCCAGUUUUUUCUCCUCUAGAUAUCUCUCCAACCUGCUCAUCAUUCUUUUCAUCUCCCCCUCCCCUUCCGCCAGUAUCACUACAUCGUCCGCAUACGCCAACGUGCAAAUUCUUCUUCCCCCACUGAUAUCUCUAGUAGAUUCGGUGUAAUGCUAUUCCACAGGAACCCAUAUGUUUCUUCAUAGUCUUCACGAUUCCGGGG